AUGUUGGCACUGUCGCCGCACCAGCUGGCCUCUCCCUCCUUUGAUCUCUUUCCUGGACUCUAUCAGUCAGACUGUUUGGACUUGCCUCUGGUCCUCGCCUGGCCUCGCUUCGCCGCCGCUGCUUGCCCUUCCCUUUUGGCUUCCGCUGCCGACGCCGCCGCCGCUUCUUCAUCUCCCCGCGACACCUUCGGUCUCUUCGCACGCGAUUUCCCCCUCGUCGCUCGAAUAAUCGUCGGCACGUCUCCGACUCCAACCGGCUUUCUUGACUUUGCACGGUGCUAUCGCGCACUUGUCUCGCGGAUCGCCUCUCCCGACGGAUUCACCCUCGACUCGUCUCGAACGCCACUUCGUUUCCAGCACAUCCGAGCUGCAAUUCCCCCUUUCACUUUCGAACAGCGCCGCUUCUUCGACGGAGGCGGAAUUCGGAACAUGAGCACAAACGCUUACAUGGAGCAGCAGGCCAGCUACCCUGCGCACUACGGCGCCCUGCCAGACCGCUCCGCACAGGUCUUUGGCACAGACGCUCACGAGCCACGAGCUCCUCGCCCCUUUGAGCCGACGCACACCUCCAACGACCCCUAUGCUACAGCUGCCGUGCCGGCACACCCGCAGCCGGGCGCAAUGGCUGAGCCGCACUCGCCCAUGUCCAGUUAUCGAGGAAGCUUCUCGCACAACUCGUCGAUGGGACUGCCGCAUCACCGCCAGGACUCGAUUUCGUCCAUCUCGUCGCCCCACGACGUAACUGGCGGCUGGGCGCCCUCAUCUCCCGGUCUGACCGCGAGCCGACACGCCUCGAUCUAUUCGCUCAACGGCCAGUUCGACCAAGUCGGUCUGGGCAGCAGCAUCGACAGCGGCUCCACUGGCGGUCACUUUUACGAUCAGUCGCCCCCCAUGCAUGCGCAGGUUCGCUAUGCACAGGGACAGACUGCGGAUGCCCGCCGAUUCUCUCUGGAUGAGCGCGCAAUCCGCACCCAGCCGCAAAUGGGCAAGUCGGGCCUCGUUUCGGCUGACUACCAGGUGCCUGGCUCCUCGGGUCGCCACUGGCCCUGGGGCGCCAGCUCAUCGUCGGCCGUGCACGGCCGUCACGCGUCCGUGUCGGCAGCCCCGCCUCAGGGAUACGACCACAGCCGCAUGGCCUAUGGCGCCAACUCGGGCAUGCAGCCUGCAUACGGCUACGAUGCCAACGCCAUGUCGGCCAUGUCGCCCACGCGCUACCGCUCCAUGAGCAGCUCCGCCGCCAGUGGUCGCGCAUAUGGCAACCCGUACGGCGCUCCUGGUACCGCCGCUCACGCCGUAGCUGCCAUGGGUUACGGAAUGUCGCAUCUCGGCCCAGGCAUGAUGCUUGAAGGAGACAUCCCCGGCGGACCCGGUCCGGCUCGCAGGGCCAAGUUCAAGCGCAGCCGCACCGGCUGCCUCGUUUGCCGAAAGCGCAAGGUCAAGUGCAGCCAGGACGGUACACCGUGCAAGCAGUGCCGAAUCGGCAAGCGCGACUGCCACUACGACGACAACCCGCAGAAGAAGAAGACGAACAAGAAGGAGCGCUCGGUCGGUUCCAUCGACGGCGGCAGCAGCGAAAAGGGCUCCAACGGCACUGCGCCGGCUCUGUCGCACAUCGGCUCGGACCCUCAGGCUCACAACGGCGCGAUGAACUCGGCCGACCCCUACUAUGCCACCAUGGGCGCCCUCGACCACCGUACCGACUCGAACGGCAGCAACGGCGGCGGCGUCACCUUUUCGAUGCCCUUCUCGUCGCAGCCGACCACCGUGUCUGCGCACUCGUCUGCUACAGACAGCACGUGGUCGAACCCGUCGCCGUUUGCGCCCGGCCCGCACGGCGAGAGCCACCCACAGACGCAUUCGGUCACGUCGCACUCCGACAGCUACGGCUGGCCGACCAAGCAGGAGCAUGACCCGACGCAGCCUGCCGCUUACACCGACCCAGCGGUCGACCGCAACGCCGGCUACUGGAACCAGCAUCCUACCUCUUACCCGCCCCGCGCUGGCAAGCUCGAGGUGACGGAAUCUUGA